AGCCGAGCCCGGCGUAUUAAAGGCCCAGCGCGGCGACCAGCUGGUAGGCUCUCGGUGCGCAGGCGCGAGCUGUCUCCUCUGGUCCGGCUGCUCGGCGUCGGAGCUGCGUGGUUGUGUGGCUGUGUGCAGCGGUGGCGCCGCGUCCCGGGCACCAUGAAUGGCUUCAGCAGCGAGGAGCGCGCCGCGCCCUUCACCCUCGAGUACCGCGUCUUCCUAAAAAAUGAGAAAGGACAGUAUAUUUCUCCAUUUCAUGAUAUUCCGAUUUAUGCAGAAAAGGAUGUAUUCCACAUGGUGGUGGAGGUUCCACGCUGGUCAAAUGCUAAAAUGGAGAUCGCUACAAAGGACCCUUUGAAUCCCAUUAAGCAAGAUGUGAAAAAAGGGAAACUUCGGUAUGUUGCGAAUCUGUUUCCUUAUAAAGGAUACAUCUGGAACUACGGUGCCAUCCCUCAGACAUGGGAAGACCCGGGACACAGUGACAAACACACCGGCUGCUGUGGGGACAAUGACCCGAUUGAUGUUUGUGAGAUUGGAAGCAAGGUGUGUACAAGAGGUGAAAUAAUCAAGGUGAAAGUUCUGGGGAUAUUGGCUAUGAUUGAUGAGGGCGAAACCGACUGGAAAGUCAUCGCUAUUAACGUGGACGAUCCAGAUGCAGCCAGUUAUAACAAUAUUUCUGAUGUCGAACGGCUGAAACCUGGCUACUUAAAUGCUACUGUUGACUGGUUUAGAAGGUAUAAGGUUCCCGAUGGAAAACCAGAAAAUGAGUUUGCAUUCAAUGCAGAAUUUAAAGACAAGGAUUUUGCAGUUGACAUUAUUAAAAGCACUCAUGAUUAUUGGAAAGCAUUGGUGACUAAGAAAACAGACGGGAAAGGAAUCAGUUGCAUGAAUACCACGGUGUCGGAGAGCCCCUUCAAGUGUGAUCCUGAUGCUGCCAAAGCCAUUGUGGAUGCUUUGCCGCCACCAUGUGAAUCUGCCUGCUCACUACCGACAGAUGUGGACAAAUGGUUCCAUCACCAGAAGAACUGAUGAGGUAUGCCUCCAGAAUCCAAGCUGAUCCUGUUGCAUCCUGUUCACCUGGAAGCGUUAGAUGCAAAAGUGUAGUAACUUCAAAGCUUUAAAUUUCUAUAACUUACCUAAUGAAGCAGAUUCUGCUGUGGCCAGUCCAAUAUGUUCAGAAGGUUAGCCAUCCAGACACUUCACAUCUCAACCAAGACAGCUUUUACUACAUGUUAGCUCUCAAAGCCCUUGUGACAUGGAACUCAUUUGUGCAUAGAUGUGUAAGGUGUUCACACAUAUUGGAUGUAUAUGUUUACUGUGUUAGGAAAUAAACUUAUUUUGCUGAAACUUG